AUGUUGACAGUUUGACACAUCAUACAAUUCCACUUUCAAUUCAUAGAUCACGAAUUUAUUUUCGAAAUUUUAUGAUAUUUAAUUGGUUUAUGCGAAAAUGAAUUUGAAAUAUCAAAAUCUAAUCUAAUGUUAAAAUUAUAAGUUAUAUCAAAUAUCAACGAUGAAUAACAUAUAUGUUAUAUAUGUUUUAUGACUCGCCGCUGGUUUUUUUAAUAUGUUUCUUGUGACCAAAUCAGUGUUAUAAACAAAACAUUUAAUACCAUGUCGGAAGUAAAAGGAACAAAGGCUCUUGAAUUAUGGUGCAAACGUCUGGUGAAAGACUGUCCUGAUGUUCAAAUAGAUAAUAUGACAACAUCCUGGAGAAAUGGAAUGGCGUUUUGUGCACUUGUGCAUCACUUUAGGCCCGAUUUAAUAGAUCUGUCAAAAUUAGAUCCUGAGAACAUUUACGAAAACAAUCGUUUGGCAUAUAGCAUUGCCGAAAAGCAUUUAGGCAUUCCAGCAUUAUUAGACCCUGAGGAUAUGGUAGAAAACGAUGUGCCAGAUAGACUGUCAGUACUAACAUAUUUGUCUCAGUUCUAUCAGCGACUUGGACACACUGUAAAUACAAAGGUUUCAGAAAGUGAGUCAAAAUCAUCGCCAUCUUCACAAUCAACAACACCAAUCAAGUUUGGAAAAGUGGCUCUGGACAAAUGCGCCGCUUGUGGACUUCCUGUAUACUUAGCACAAAGACUUAUUGUGUCACAAAAACUGUACCAUAGACAAUGUUUCCGUUGUUCCAAAUGUUCUGGACAUUUGAAUCCUAAAAACUUUCAUGUUAUCAAUGAAAAUGAAUUCUCUUGUGAUACUUGUAAAAAUGAAAAGAAUAUAUCCAAAUAUCUUAACAAUAAUGAUCAAAUGGGAAUGCUGGCAUUCACUAAUGAUACAUGUAGCUCAAACCAAGAAAUCUUAAAGGGUGACAUAAAGGUUACAAGAGAUAAACAAAGACCCCAGUCAAUAUUAGAAAAAAUAAAUAUGUUCGAGAACAUAGAUAAAGAUAUCAGUAUUGAAAGUAAAUUAGGAAAUAUUAGUAUAAAAGAUAAUUUAUAUAAUAAUAAAUAUAAGGAUAUACAUAGUGCUAAUAAUAUUAGCAGUUCUAGUACUAAAACAGAGGAACCUGGUGUUAUUGAAAGUGCUCAUAGUGUAACAGAUGGAACUGAUGAUAAACUAAUGAAAAAAGAAAAUGAAAUAUUGCACAGAACAAGUCCUGAGAAAGUUUAUAAAAGUAGUAUUGAUAAACUAAAUUUUUUACAAACACAAUUAACUGAACAAGAAAAUGCACCCCAAGCAAAAGAAAGAGAAAUAAUUAAGCCGGAUAUCGAAGAUGAUUUAACAAAAAGUGUUCCAAAGAAUGAUAUUAUUUCCUUAAUUGAUUUAAAAAGUAACAUAACUGAUGACAGUAGGUUAGCUCAAAGCACAAAUAAAGAAUUAGACACAGAAUUGAUAAAGGAUAACUCUCAUACGGAUUUGGAUAUAUCUACUCAAAAGGAGACAGAAGUAAAAAUUAAUGUACCUCCAAGAAGAAAAAAAAAUAGUGCAUUCAAUAAAAAAAUUGAACAUGACAAUGAAGAGAAAAUAAAGAAAAGCAAUAAGGAUUAUCCUGAAGAUUUAAAUCCGUUCUCGGAUGAAGAGGAUGAGCCUGAGCCUCCAUCACAAAGGAGAGUGAGUACCAACCCAUUUGGAAGCAGCGAUGAAGAAGAUGAUGCUGUCCCGCCUAUAGCUUCUCCACCGAAAAUACCUGAUGUACAAUCAUCAACACCCAUUAAACGGCACAUAACAGCAUAUAACCCAUUUUGGUCUGAUGGUGAAGAACCUUCUUCCGAUGAGGAAUAUGACAGUAUGAGUAGCAUGCACAAAUCGCCUAUCACGGCUAGUACACCGAACCUGCCAUCGAGCACGCCGCGCCGCAGGAAGCCGAAAGCACCGCCGCCGCCCGUCAUCAGCAUUAGUGAACAUCAUGAUAUGCCAGCUACGUCUAUGGACGAUGUAGCCAGUCUAUCGUCUAUGAGCUCGCAUACCUCCACUGCACAUUCUGACCAGAAAUCGUUUGGCAAAUUAACUCCGAAUUCAAAGAAAAAGCGUCCCGCGCCCACACCACUAGACAGCUUGUCAACUGUGUCGGGCUGCGGGGGCUCGCUCGAACGAGGCGUAGAUACUUCGGGCACACGAAGCAAUUUGUCUGACAGUGGUCGUAAAACGAAAGGGCCAGCACCCGGAUUGCCUUUACCGGAAAGACGUGAAGUUAAAAUGCAAAUGUCACCUGAAGAACUGCAAGUGCAACUAGACUUACUUGAGACACAACAACUCGGUCUAGAGAGGCAGGGUGUCCUCAUCGAGCAGAUGAUUCGCGACAAGUGUGAGGGUGAUGAAGCAUCAAUGGCACCCCAGGAGGAGAUCGAAGACUUAGUUAUUCAGCUCUGUGAACUAGUCAAUGAAAAGAAUGAUUUGUUUAGAAAACAAACUGAACUAAUGUAUAUUCGCAGACAACAGCGUCUGGAACAAGAGCAGGCAGAUAUUGAACAUGAAAUUAGAGUCAUCCAAUCUCGUCCAGCCGUUAAUCGUAUAGAUGCUGACAAAGCUCGAGAGGAACAUUUGGUGUGCCGUUUAGUAGAAAUAGUUCGCAUGCGAGAUGAAUUGGUACAACAAAUUGAUGCGGAGAGAAGACGCGAGAGGCAAGAGGACCUGGCCAUCGCUGCUUCCAUCGCUAGUAAGAGAGCUCAGAGAAACAGCGACUCUAACAGCUCAUCAAUUAAAUCGACAGAGGUCGUUACGCCCGUGAAGAAAAAUAAAGUCAAGGAUAAAGUUAAGAAACAAUUAAAAAAAGCUAAACAUACGUUAAUCUCCAAGAAAAAAGAUGAAGAAAAGAAAGAUAAAACGACAUGAGAUAAUUUGGAACUUGUUUUAAUUUGUAAAAUGAUUUUAAUUGACUUUAAUUUUUUUUAUUUGUGAUUUUUCGAAAGACCUUAACGUACUUUAAUAACACAGACUGAAGAUUUAACAUUCCAAUAUUUUUUACUGAAAUGAAUUAUAUUUAAAAUUGUGUAUAAUAUCUACAAAAUGAAACACAUAUCUCACAAAUAUCAUUAAAAUUAAUAAAUCAUUUUAUCUCAUGCUAGAUUCAAUAUGGAUGCUUAUAGAAUCUCCAAAUCGUUAAACAGAUCAAAGUAUGGUGUAUGUUUUUAUUAUAUUCAAUGCUCCAAAAAAUAUGUUGAACAAAAACGUAAUUUAGACAAAAAUCUUUUUCUC